AUGUACUUUUAUCUGUCCCAUUUGGCCGAUGUGGCCGCCAAUCGGGCGAUCAACGCCAGCGCGGUGUACUUCGAUGUAAACUGCAGCUAUCCUAACUGGUACCGGGAUUACUUCAACAAGACGUUCCCGUUGUUUGCACCGCGAGCGGUUCGUGGAGAUAAUUUUAAUGAUCCCAUUAAUCCACAUCGCUACUCGACGCUGCUGAUGACCAAUGUUGAGGACUUGGGAGUCGUGACGAAUUCGCCUGCAAACUAUACGCACACGUUGUACCGUACGAACGACUGGUAUACUUCUUGGUUACCGGAUGCCGCUGCAGCCGAUUAUGCCAAAGUCACGUACACAGUUAACAUAAAAUUCGCCAACGGAACGGAACAAAACAUCGAAUUCUUUGGUCCACCCGAGCCACAGGCGGACCCCGGUUCAGUGAAAUGGACGGCGCCUUACUUCGAUUGCGGCCGGACCAAUAAAUGGCUAAUUGCGGCCGUUUCGCCGGUACUUGAUCUUCAUCCCAGGCAUACUUCCUGGCGGCAUUUACAACGGCACAAGUACGUUGGUGCGGUUGUAGUAGAGACGGAUCUGUUAAAAAUUGAUAUGAAUCCUUGUCCCGUUAGCGAAGGAAAUCCACUGCCCAACUGGUAUGCCGGUACUGAUCGUUGUAGGAAACGCACAACAGAAUGCGAGCCACUCCAGGGUUAUGGUCUAAAACGCGGCGGAUACGCUUGCCGGUGCCGGCCAGGUUAUCGGCUGCCAUUCUGGCAGAUUGGUCCCUUUCAAGGAGAAAUUAUCGAAAGAGCUAUUGAAGUCGACUAUUUGGCCAAGUUCGAAUGCGAAAAAAUUGGGAACAUCCGUGUGGUUACCGAACAUGCGACUUCAUCUGACAUUUAUUUACAUCGACGCCCCAGUGGUUACUUGGGGCCUCUGGGUGGGGAGCGGCCCUACUCUUACCUGUUUGGAUUAGAUCCGCUAUCCAGUCCGGAAGGAUACCGAUGGCCUCUGUAUCCGUUCACAUCCAACCGAUCCCAGUUCUACGACGCUUUCGGCCAGCCUUUGGGACCUGACGGUCGACGCAUUGUUUACGGUCCGGACGGACUGCCGGUGGUCACGCUGACCGGCAAAACCACGGUGCCCUUUGAUUAUCUGCCCACAUGGCAGGCUUUUAAUACGCAUGUCUAUCAUGGCAUUAUGAAUUUUGCAGGAUUCCCGAUGUCGCCGAUAAAUCUGUCUAUUGUGGAUCCCAUUAUUCACCGCAAUGUCCGCUCGGCUACUCCCUUAUUUUGUCCGCAGUCAUCCAAUCCGGCUCAAUGCGGUGUACCAUUACUCUUGCCCUUACGGUUACCCAAUAUGCUUGUGCGGCAUUCCCAUAUUAUCUCUAAUCGUGUGCUGUUGAAUACACUGCGCGCUAUGCGCUUAAUUAACCCUGAAAACUGUCGCCACUUCCGUCCGGAGCAUCUAAAAUUACAAGGCAAUGUCGCUUAUGGAAAGGAGUACCAGCUGGAAAAUCAGGCUCGGACAGCACUGCGACUAGCGCAUUUCAUCAGCGUUUACAAUCAGAUUGUUGAUCCGACGGAGUUGUUUUUUGAACGCACGGCUGACUUACCGUUGAACGAACAUCAGUUGUUUUCUGAGGUUCUGGCAAACGUUAUGGGCGACAUGCGCAUUUUGAGUAGCGGGAUUUAUUACGAAAACAGCAAGUUUCCGGGUCGUGUGCAUUUUGGACCGACGGCCGAACGUACGUCUCGAAACGCCCUGGCAUUUUUCGCCGCGGACCAGGCUACUUUACACGGAAUUAAGGAUCGGUUUUACCUUAACCAGGAAUGGUUCAAGGCCGUUAAGGAAAGGUGGAAAGCUAGCCCGGCUUCACAACUAACCAAAUUCGCCACCAGGAUGCGAAUUAGAGGCGAUCGUACCGGCAAAUACAGUAUAAAGUAUGACCGUUAUCCCGAGCAGUACCUGGCGCCGAAUCUGAAUGACGGUCACUGGAGUGCACCGUAUUACAGCUGUCAUGGACACAUUAAAGAAUGGGUCAUAACGUAUGCUGUUCCUUUUUUUGGACUGGAUAGCAUCCGAGAUGCAGUGGAAUUCCAAGGAGUCGUUGCGGUGACGAUGCCGCUGUCGGAAAUCGACUUAAACCAAUGUGACGCUCCGUUGAAUACUCCAAACGCAUUUAGAAACAGCCACCGAUGUGAUCACACAUCAUCUUAUUGUGUUCCGAUCAUGGGCAGGCGCUUCGAAAUGGGAGGAUACAAAUGUGAAUGCAAACCUGGCUAUGAAUAUCCCUACAGUGAACCGGUUAAUUAUUUCGACGGACAAGUCAUGGAAGCCGAAUGGGAGAAACAUAUGAUGGAUCUACCUAAUAAGUUCAGUGCGUUAAAAUGCCGAUUAGUUGGUCGGGCAACAGCCGCAAUGUCAAGCUUUGUGAUGACAAUAUUAGCUAUAUCAGUGCUACUCCUUUAA